AUGGAUUUCUCGAAAUUUUUCGAUGAUGAAUUCAAUACUGCCGACUGGCUUAAUCAAGCAUUUCGAUUACAGAAAGAAUCGAAUCAAAAUGUUGAUAAUUAUACAGGAACAUUGAUAACAAAAUUACAAAUGUAUAUUCAAGAAAUGAAUAAUUCUAUAGAAGAAACAAGUCAACAAGCUAUUCAGCAAUUUCCUCGAGUUCUUCGUGAAAUCGAUGUUCUUCGGCAUGAAGCAACUCUAUUACAAGAACAAAUGCAUACAGUACGCGGUGACAUUCAAAAAGUCAACCAAGAUACAGCUGAUGGAAUGAAAAAUUUGAUCGAAUUGGAUUUAGUAAAAAAUCGUAUUCAAUCAGCAUCAAAAGCAUUGCAAGAAGCAGAUAAUUGGGUUACUCUAUCUGCUCAAAUUGAAGAUACAUUUGAUUCCAGAGAUACUGUACAAAUCGCAGCAAAACUAAUAGCGAUGCAACAAUCGCUAAAAAUUCUUACCGAUGUUCCUGAUUAUGCUGAUCGUGUUCAACGGUUAGAAACAUUGAAAAAUCGUCUUGAAGCAUUGAUAAGUCCAACAGUAGUCGAUGCUUUUAACAAGCAAGAUGUUGAAAUCGCUCGAUCCUUUGCGCAAGUAUUUCAAUCGAUGGAUCGUGGAGAACAACUAGAAGAUCUAUAUGUAACAUCUGUCAAAACACGUUUUGAUGGACGUAUUAAAGAACUAAUUGAUGGUACCAAUGGUGAACACGAAUCCAUUUUUAUUGCAAUUUACGAUUAUUUAUCAAAUGUCUGGCAAGAUGAGGUCCGUUGGUCAACAAAAAUUUUUAAUCAUCCAAAUCGUGUUGCACUUUCCAUUGUAUUAAAUGGUCUUAAAAUUUUUCAUAAUAAAUAUAAGAACCAGUUCAAUACAGAACUGCAACAAAAGCAAGCACCAUCAAAAAAACGACUCGAUAUAUUAAUUGCGUGUAAACGAGUAAGUGAUAGAAAAAUUAAAGGAAAAAAAAGUCUCAAAAGCGAAAAGUUAAAAUCUACGAGUUAUUUUAAACGAAUUAAGCAGCAAUAA